AUGGAGAAUGGUAUAGGUGUUGUGAAGCUAAUGGGUUGCUACGGUGGGUUCAUCGCAGUGUAUGCUACUGUUGCUAGCAGGGAUGUGGACUGCUGCUUAAUACCAGAAUCGCCAUUUUAUUUGGAAGGCAAAGGUGGACUUUUUGAAUGUAUAGAAAAGCGGCUUAAAGAGAAUGGGCACAUGGUUAUCGUGGUUGCUGAGGGUGCAGGGCAAGAACUUUUGGCUGAUAGCAUCCGAUCCAUGGGUCAUGAAGAUGCUUCUGGAAACAAGCUGCUUCUUGAUGUAGGAUUAUGGUUAUCAUCUCAGAAGAUAAAGGUGAGAUCCACAAGAUAG